CCAGCUGCCAAUCUCUGCAUCUUGUGGUGGAGGAGGAUGAGGAUGGGGAUGAGGAUGAGGAGGAUGCCGUGAGCCUUCCUUCUCUAUGGAAACGGGAUAAUGCCCCACACAAAGGCCCGUCUCCCCUCCUCUUCCUCCCCUUCUUUGUGCCGCAGCUGGGAAAAGAGAGCGGAGACUCCCCUUCCAAAGCCAUUUUGAGCAGAGCAAAGAGACAAAGCCCGGCUGGGUCUGAACCCACCAGGAUGGAGAGCGCAAAGAGGGGCUGAGCCGGGGAGGAGCCCCCUUGGCUUUGCCUCAAGAGCCACGGCCAUCGCCCCCCACCCAUUUCUCCGGCCACAAAGGACAGCGACAGGCAGGCAGAUGCGGGACAGCGCUUGAGGCCUCGCUGCCGCAAAACCAUGAUCUCUGCCAAGGAGAAGCCCAAGCCGCCCAAAGACAGCAUGACGCUCUUGCCUUGCUUCUACUUUGUGGAGCUGCCCAUCGUGGCCUCCUCCAUUGUGACGCUCUACUUCCUGGAGCUGACGGACCUCUUCAAGCCGGCCAAGGUGGGCUUCCAGUGCUACGACCGGGCGCUCUCCAUGCCCUACGUGGAGACCAACGAGGAGAUGAUCCCGCUCUUGAUGCUCCUCAGCUUGGCCUUCGCCGCGCCGGCCGCUUCGAUUAUGGUCGGCGAGGGCAUCGUGUAUUGCUUGCAGUCCAAGACGAAAGGCCGGGGCGGCUCCGAAGGCAGCAUCAACGCCGGCGGGUGCAACUUCAACUCCUUCCUCCGCAGGACGGUCAGGUUUGUGGGUGUCCACGUCUUCGGCCUUUGUGCCACGGCCCUCGUGACGGACGUGAUCCAGCUGGCCACCGGCUACCACGCCCCCUUUUUUCUGACCGUUUGUAAGCCCAACUACACGCUUCUGGGGAUCUCCUGUGACUCCAACCCAUACAUUACACAGGACAUCUGUGCGGGUCAAGACCUGCACGCCAUCCUUUCGGCCAGGAAGACCUUCCCUUCCCAACACGCCACGCUGUCCGCUUUUGCCGCCGUCUAUGUUUCGAUGUACUUCAACUCCAUCAUCUCCGACACCACCAAGCUCCUCAAGCCCAUCCUGGUCUUCGCUUUCGCCAUUGCCGCCGGUGUUUGUGGCCUCACGCAGAUCACCCAGUACCGCAGCCACCCCAUCGACGUCUACGUGGGUUUCCUCAUCGGCUCGGGCAUUGCCGCUUACUUGGCGUACCAUGCAGUGGGCAACUUCCAAGCCCCGGCGGAGAAGACGCCAUCCAACCCGCCAACCAAAGACGCCCUACGAGCCUUGACCCAACGUGGCCACGACUCGGUCUACCACCAGAACAAGUCGGUGAGCACAGACGAGCUGAACCCGCACCCGGCCCGCCUGGACGGGAUAAACCGCCAGGUCCAGCGCGAGAAGAACUCCCUGGGCAGCCUCAAGCGGGCCAGCGUGGACGUCGACCUCUUGGCACCCCGCAGCCCCAUGGGCAAGGAGAACAUGGUCACCUUCAGCAACACCUUGCCCCGGGUCAACACGCCCUCCAUGGACGACCCGGCCCGGCGCCACAUGACCAUCCACGUGCCUGUGGACGCCUCCCGCUCUAAACAACUGAUCACCGAGUGGAAGCAGAAGUCGGUGGAAGGCCGCGGGAUGACGCUAGCCGAGGAGGUGGCUCGGCGGGUCGGCUCCGAUUCCUUAGUGGGAGAAGAAGAGGAGCACGUCCCGGCGUCCUUGUACCCGACGGUCCAAGCCCGGACGGCUGAGCGGGCCUCCUUGGGGCCCCGUGUCCUCAUCCAGCCUCGCCCCGGAGCCACCCAGCUGGUCCACAUCCCCGAAGAGAGCCAAGGCAACAACGGGGCCAACAUCUCCCCCAAGAGCAGCUCCGCCGUACGGGCCAAGUGGAUGAUGAUGGCCGAGAAAGGCUCAGCGGCACAACGCGUGGCCAACCCGCCGCGGCUGAUGCAGGUCAUCGCCAUGUCCAAGCCGCCGGGGAUGGUGUCGGUGACACCGAAGCACUCGGAGACCACGUCCUCCUCCUCCACCAGCUCCGACUCGUCCCAAUACCGCUCCCCGUCCGAGCGGGACAGCUCCAGCGUCGUCACCAUCGACGCCCACGCGCCGCACCACCCCAUCGUCCACCUCUCGUCCGGGAACGGGCCCUGGGAGUGGAAGGCCGCCCAGAAACAACCCUCCGACGGCGGGCAAGACGUGUACGAGAUCAGCGAGGCGGGAAAAGACUAUCGCGGCUUCCGGGCGGGCAAGAGCGGCAGCGGCGGCGGCGUGUCGCCCGGCUCGUCCGUCAGCGACAUGGAACAGGACAUAGAGUCCCGAUACGGGAGCGUGGCCACCAUCAACGUGGCCGCCGGGGUGGGAGCGGCCUUGGGGACGGCGGAGGCCAUGGCCCUGGAGACCGCGCUGGCGGUGGCCAGCCGGGAAUCGACGCUGCGGCGGAAGCCGUGCGGCCUGUCCGUCGGCGAGAAGGACGGCCCCGCCGAGGAGGCCGAGAACUUCUACAAGAAGAUGCAAGCCAACCGGCGGUUUAAGGACUAGCGCGCCGGAUUCGGGUGCCGAACUCGAGAGAAAUGUAUUUAGGAUAGCGCUUCGUUUCGUGGUGGUCGCGUACUGACCGUAAAUUGUACAGAUCCAGCGGUGGUCGUUUCAGCUGAACGUCGAUUGGAUAUUUUCGGGAAAAAAAUCCUGCCGAUCAACAACUUGGGAUUCGGGUGCCGAACUCGGGGGAUAGCGCUUUGUUUCGUGGUGGUCGCGCACUGACCGUAAAUUGUACAGAUCCAGCGGUGGUCAUUUCGGCUGAACGUCGAUUGAAUAUUUUCGAAAAAAAAUCCUGCCGAUCAACAACUUCGGAUUCGGGUGCUGAACUCGGGACGGAGAUGUGUACGAUCCCUCCACGAGAGAGAAAUGUAUUUAGGAUAGCGGUUCGUUUCGUGGUGGUCGCGCAUUGACCAUGAAUUGUACAGAUCCAGCGGUGGUCGUUUUGGCUGAACGUCGAUUGGAUAUUUUCGGAAAAAAAUCCUGCUGAUCAACAACUUCGGAUUCGGGUGCCGAACUCGGGACGGAGACGUGUACGAUCCCUCCACGAGAGAGAAAUGUAUUUAGGAUAGCGGUUUGUUUCGUGGUGGUCGUGCAUUGACCGUGAAUUGUACAGAUCCAGCAGUGAUCAUUUCGGCUGAACGUCUAUGGGAUAUUUCCGAAAAAAAAUCCUGCCGAUCAACAACGUAUUGGCAACUACCGAUUGUAAAACUAUCGAUUGUAAAACUCGAGGCAGAUGAUAGAAGGAAUCCUCUGUGUUCCCGGAAUGUACUUUGCAACGCAAAGUUUUGUCGGCAAAAUGAGGGAACGUGUAAAUAGAAAACGGAUGCAGAAACGCA